AUGAAACCAAAUAUCUCGAGGAAGCAAAUCUUUGAGAAGGACAAUAUGGACAAUGUUCCCAGUAACCGUGAGCGCAUUGGGAAUCAACGAAUUCCCAGUCUGUGUCUUCGAAACGCGUUGUGCUCUGAGGUUCAGGGAGGUCGUUUUCGUGAAUGCGGGCAGGAUAUGGGUAUGGAAAGUUAUGAUGCGUGGUCAUCCCAGGGGCAUAAAUCAGCGGUGAAACAUCGUCGGGGCUCUGAGAGAAACGACCUUCCGCUUCUUGAAACGUCGUGUCGGUUCCAAACUUCGCAGCGCCGGGCUCAAAACUUGAGUACUUGGAAGUGCUUCAAGUGA